AUUCCUAACGAGCUUCACAUUCGACAACAACAUGGCGCCCGCUACGGAAGGUUUCACGGAUUUGCAGAGGGAUAUUUUUACAAAAAUCAGCCGCAAUGAGGUAUCCGAACUGAAAGCACUAUUGGCGCAGAACAAACUCAAGAUAGACUUCGUCGACGAGAAUGGCAUGAGUCCGCUCCAACAUGCCUGUUACAAGGGAAACAAUGAAAUCGUGCAGAUGCUCCUCGAUCAGGGAGCAGAUGUAAAUGCGUGUCAACAUGAACAUGCGUAUACUGCUCUUCAUUUCGCCGCUUUAAGUGGCAACGCUGAAUUGUGUCACAUUUUAAUGUCAUACGGUGCACGCUUAACAGCCACAAACAGUGUUGGCAGAACAGCAGCCCAAAUGGCGGCGUUUGUGGGAAAUCACAAUUGUGUAGCGACUAUCAACAAUUUUAUUCCGAAGGCCGAUAUAGAUUAUUUUAUUAAGCCGCAGGGUUUGCAAACUGAACCCAUGCUACCGCCACAUUUAGCAGAAUGCUUUCAUCAGUUUAUAAUGCAAGUUAAUGUAAAUCCUGUACGCGUAUGUAUGAAUUUGCAGAGACUUCCUGCACUACUGGAAAAUGCAGCAAAAAUACAAAAAGUAUUGGAAUCUCUGCGCUACAGAGAAAUGACACGAGGCGCUGAAACGAAUGAAGUGAUGGCUUUCAAGUAUCAUUAUCUCAGUUGUGUUGUGGCCGAAGUGUUGAAAUGUCAGAAACGACAAGAAGCUAUGAAAGCGGAGAAAAGCGGAAAUGAGGAGAGCGAAGAAAAGAAAUCUGACACUGUAGAACUUUUGGUACGAAGAUUCCUCAAGUGCAGCAAGAGUGACGGCUUACCAGAGUACCAGGAGGCAUUUUUGAGAGAGUGCGUAAGAGAGUUUCCAUUCAGAGAAAGUACAAUUUUUCGCCAAAUGGUUGCUACGUUGGCUAGUUCAGAUCCACCGUCCGCUGUCUCUGUAGUUUCUGCUGCGAUUAAUGGGCAACGAGGCUUCCCUGAUGCCCUGAAUUGUGUGACUUGCGGCGAACACAAAGCUACCAAAAAGUGUAGCAAAUGCAAAGCGGUGCAAUAUUGUGACAGGGAGUGUCAGAGAUUGCACUGGUUUAUGCACAAAAAGGCAUGUGCUAGAUUAGGCUCGUCUCCGGCUAAUACCGGAAAGAUCGCAGAUGUAAAUAAAGAACAGAUUACCAAUGCUGUCAGUUCUAGAUUACAGAAUCUAGCUGUUAAAUAAAUAUGUAUAGAUUUAAUGUUAGCAUGUUUCCACAUGGAACGCACUAUAUCCCGAUUAUUCAAAAUUGUUUAUUUUCUUCUGUACAUAGGCUAUUAGGACAGUUAUUGUAUGUAAAUUUUUUUUCAUUCUGUAUAGAAUUGAUGGGUCUUCAUAUGAUGGUAUAUCUACGAGAGCUAACAAUGCCAUUAUUUUUAUGUAAUCAAAAUCAUUGAAACUGCAUUAAGCAUUUUUUUUUUAGCCAUGCAUUUAUGUUGACAUCUUAUCGACUAUCUGUCGUUGACAAUCAGUUGUAAUAUUAAUGAGGGAUAAAACUGAAUCAGAUUAUAAGUUUUUUUAGUCACUGUGCGCAAACAUUCUGUUUGCUGAAAGAUUUCUAUAUGUUUGUCUGAGUUGCUGAACUUUUUUGAACUGACUUUUAUGUAAUGUAUACUUACUCGUACUUCCGGACAGCAAAUUUGUGGCCAAACAUAAGUUAUAUAAAGAUAAAGAUUCACACAUUAUAUGAUAUACAACAAAAUAUUCUUUUGUAAUAUAUAUGUGCGAAAACACAUUUAUAUAUUAAACUUGCAAUCUUAAAAGAUGCAUAGUAAGAACAAAUAUGUUCAUGUUUAUAGAAGAAUAUUUUGUAUGUCACACAGAUUAUUGUCCCAUAAUGUGAAUCAACACUUAUUCUUAUCGCGUAUCUAUGUGUGCUCAGUUAAACAUACCUGUUUGUAAUAUUUUAGAGCUGUGUUUUUUGAAAAGCUUAUUGUGAUUUAUUGUGAUUGAUUAUUAUAAAUAAAACACAUUUGCUUGUGA